GCUUUACCAUUUAGCCUCACAAGAGCAGCAAUAUGAGUAAAACUAUUCUAUUGUUAAGUCUGGCCUCGUUUGGCAGUUUGGUAUUGGCUGGCCAUUUUGAUGAGGACCAAGGUAGUUCAUCAUAUGAAGAAAAAACAAAACAUGUGGAAAUACCAAUUAUUAAGAAAUAUGCCAUACCUAUUCCACAUCCAGUGCCUGUCGAAGUGCCAAAAGAAAUUAAAAUACCAAUUCCUCAGCCUUAUAAAGUACCAAUCGAAAUCCCACAUCCUUAUCCAGUCGAAGUAGUCAAGCAUGUUGAAAUACCCAUCGAAAAGCCCGAGCCUGUGAUUAUUGAAAAGCAUGUUCCUUAUGUUGUGGAGAAACCAUAUCCUGUUUAUGUGGAGAAAAAAUUUCCCGUGCCAGUGGCGAAACCAUAUCCCGUUCAUGUUCCAAUUUACAAACACGUGUUCCAUUAUACAUCCAAGGGUAAAGGAUGGCAUUAGAUUUUAUGGAUAUUAAAUAUUAACUUUAAAUCGUCUUUCUGUCCCAUUAUGGAGCGCAAAUGCUUCUUAAUUUCAGCAGAGACAGUCAUUUAUUAAAAGAUUUUUUUAUCGUAUUACAUUCAGUAAUUAUAAAUCUUUUCUUAAGAUUUAUUGCUGAUUGGAAAUAUGGAAAUAAAAUGUUAUGUAUAUGUG